UAAAAAUAAAAAUAAAAUACACCGCCCGACGAAUCACCACGCUGCAAAAGGGGCUUGGAGGGUUGGGGAAAUAGGGAAGUUCAAGGGAAAGGUAGCAGGGGAACGGGAACAGGCCUGAGAGGGAGAGGAACCUACGACGGGGGAGGAGGUGCGGGAGAGAUCCGCAAGAAUCACAAUUGAUUUAUUGAUUCAAUUGAAUAAAUAGGUUGUUUGUUGGGUUCUGCCGUUUGUCUGGUUCGGCCUAUUCCACUCGGCCUGAGUCUGAUAUAUAAUUUUUUUGCCCCAGCGCAGGUCCCGUGCCGCUGGAGAUCUUAUCCAUAGAUCGAAGCCAACCUUCCCAAGCUCCAGCGCCUCGGAAAGUCCGACCAACUCCCGCCACACCCCCAUAAUUAAUUCCUUCCAGACUUUCUUCUGCCUCUUCAUUUCUCUUUCUCUUCCUUCUUCUCUUCUUCUUCUCCUUCUUUUCUCUUCCCCUUCUUUUCUCUUCUCCCUCUUUUGUUUCCCCACGCCUCAUCCUGUACUCUAACCCAUAUUGGGCUCCUCUUCAUUACCGAUCCUUCUGCACCGAAGCUACUCUCGCGAUAGCUGUGCUCGAGCAUCAGAGUGUUCCUUGGUCCUUCCCUAUCGCUGAAUUUUUGUCUCCCAUCAUUCUCCUGAGCUGAUUCCGCCCAUGACUCUUCUUUCCUUCUCUCCACUGCAGUAGUAGCAGGGUGGCUCUUUCCUCUCCGCCGCAGUUUCCUGGAGUUCGGCAAUCCGCCCAGGUCCCCUUCGCUUGUUUACCGCUUUUUGUACACGCCCAAUUCGCUUCCGUGGCUCGAACAACGCUGACGCCAAAAUUGAUACUUUGUCUUCUACUCUCAUUAUCUCUCUCCCCGCGCUCUUUCGAAAGUCUUCACCUCUGCGCCUGGCCAUAGUCUCAUCUGUUUAGCUGAGUCCAGAAGUGAGACAAUCGGCAAUUCACCUAUUCCGGCUACUAUUUCGUUCCCCGACGACUUCAAACCUGCACCCGUUCGGCUCGAGCUCAAUAUCGUUUGUUCAGCUUCGUAACUAGUCGUUCUGCAGCAUUACACAUUUUUGAAGCCCUAGUGGUUUUGUCAUGGAAGCGGAUUGAACGCGGGAGGCUCUUUUCCUUUUCUUCUUUUUGUUUUGCGGGCUUAGCAUUGGAAUUGUUGCUAGAGGCAGAAUGGAUUUCUCCGGCAGUGCUGGCAGCGCGCCAUCAUUUUCCCACACCGAGAUCAGGAGACUUCUAGAUUACACCAGGUCGAUAUCCCCUGUGAUCAUUGUUGUUGUCUUCCUCUUAGCGUUUGUAUCCCGCUCUAUCAUAUCGGCCAGGAAAGUACCUGCCCAUCCUCCCGCCAUUCGAACAGGACCAGGUGGUCGACCGCUACCGACGCGCAUGCGGAGUACUGCCGUGUUUGCUCCACCUGUGUCUGAUUUCUCUCCAAAUGCUAAGUUGACAUUCAAGUGGCUGUCAGUGGGUGUUUUGCUUACAUUUGUCGCCGAUGCGGCUAUUACUAUGACACACGUCAUCGUAGAUCGUCAAAUGCAUUGGUGGUGUGGUCAAUCCAGAGUGAUUUACAUCGUGUUUUCGUUUUUCGCAUAUACCGUAAUCCUAAUUUCGCUCGUGGAUACAACACCCUCACCGACUUACGCCCAACUGCUUCCUUGGACCCUCACCAUACCAUUGGAAUUGAUAAUAUUGGGCGGUUGUUUGGCCCUUUACACAUCCCCUCACCAUGAGCCAAUUGUUGGGAAUCCUGCUGGUGGUCCUCUAAGGAAUACCAUGACCUCCUGGGAAACAGUGGAAAUAAUAAUUGCUGUAGUGAGGGUUCUUACCUUGCUUGGCAUUGUUGUUUUCUAUACCCUAAAUUCCAUUGGAUGGGAAAGCCGUCGUCGCAAAGAUACUGCACGGUUCGCUUCCAGGGAGGCUUCAGAGACCACAAGGUUGUUAAAUGGUCAUCUUAGCGGAAUGAAUGGUGAUGGCUACGGGUCAUCUCCCAACCGAAAACAUGAUCCAGAUCCUAAACCAGCAGAGGACGCCUGGGUUCGACCGACUACUGUACCUUCAACCAGCUGGUGGGAAUAUCUCAGCGGCUAUUCCUUAUUUUUUCCUUACCUCUGGCCAUCCAAAUCGCGACGGCUGCAGCUGACAGUUGUAGCCUGUUUUUUCCUGGUCAUUCUCCAGCUUGUCAUCAAUGUCAUGGUUCCCAUUCAGAUUGGUAGAAUAACCAACGUCCUCUCCGGAGAGACUGGAGAAGAAUUUUACAUUCCAUGGCGUGGCAUUUGCCUCUAUGUUUUCUUCCGUUGGUUACAGGGGAGUCAGGGCUUAAUCGGUUCCUUGCGCUCCUUUUUAUGGAUUCCUGUUGGACAGUAUUCAUACAUGGAACUGUCAACAGCUGCUUUUGAACAUGUUCAUAGCCUGAGUCUCGAUUUCCAUCUAGGCAAAAAGACUGGCGAAGUGUUGUCGGCAUUAAGUAAAGGCAAUUCUAUCAACACGUUCCUCGAACAGUUUACGUUCCAGGUUGUGCCCAUGCUGAUCGAUCUCUGCGUCGCUGUGGGUUAUUUUUGGAUUGUUUUCGACGUAUACUACGCCCUAGUAGUGGCAAUCGUUACUUUUAUCUACCUCUAUGUGACCAUUCGCAUGGCGCAAUGGAGGGCCGCCAUCCGCCGCCAGAUGGUCAAUGCGAGUAGGCAAGAAGAUGCUGUGAAAAACGAUUCGAUGGUGUCUUACGAAACCGUGAAAUAUUUCAACGCAGAGCAGUACGAAUUUGGCCGGUAUCGUGGAGCUGUUACCGAUUUCCAAAAGGCCGAGUAUCAUGUUUUAUUUUCUCUGACGCUAAUGAAUACCUGCCAAAAUACUGUCUUCAUGCUGGGACUGCUGAUCACAUGCUUCCUCGCUGCCUAUCAAGUUGCAACAGGCGAACAGAAGGUUGGGAAGUUCGUUACUUUAUUGACGUACAUGGCGCAGCUGCAAGGACCACUUAACUUCUUUGGGACAUUUUUCCGCUCUAUCCAGUCUGCAAUGAUAAAUUCGGAGAGGAUGUUGGAACUUUUCAGGGAACAGCCAACUGUCGUUGAUGGACCCAACACACGCGAACUUCCGCGGUGCAAUGGCGAGAUUAUCUUCAAAGAAGUGAGGUUUGCAUACGAUACCCGUAAACCUGCAUUGAAUGGUUUGAGUUUCCAUUGCCGACCUGGAACAACAACCGCCCUGGUUGGCGAAUCUGGCGGGGGAAAAUCGACCGUUUUCCGACUUCUAUUCAGGUUCUACAAUGCUUCCCUGGGUCAUAUCCUUAUUGACGGACACAAAGUUGAGAACCUAACGAUUGAUUCAGUUCGUCGACAUAUUGGUGUUGUACCUCAAGAUACCGUUCUUUUCAAUGAAACAUUAAUGUAUAAUCUCAAGUAUGCAAACCCGGCUGCUACGGACGAGGAAGUUUACGCUGCGUGUCGGGCCGCGAGCAUCCAUGACAAGAUUCUCGCAUUCCCCGACGGCUAUCAAACGAAAGUGGGCGAACGAGGCCUACGUUUGAGCGGAGGAGAGAAACAGCGUGUGGCUAUUGCGCGCACGAUUAUCAAAAAUCCCCGGAUCAUUCUUCUCGACGAGGCCACUGCUGCCUUGGACACGGAAACGGAGGAACAUAUCCAAGGAGCGCUGUCAACAUUGUCCAAAGGUCGCACGAUGCUUGUUAUUGCACAUCGCCUGAGCACGAUAACGACAGCAGAUCAAAUCCUUGUGCUACAUAACGGACAAGUGGCCGAAUGCGGAACUCAUGAACAGCUUCUUAGCUUAAAGGGAAGAUACGCAAGCAUGUGGCGGAAACAGAUUCGUGCCCAGAGAGCAGCUGCAGAGGCGCAGGUGUUACAAGACCGCGCCGAACGUUUACGCAGCGCGCCCGCGGCGGGGGGUGACGACAGCUCUAGCCAAUCAGAUGAGGAGAGAAAUGGCCCGAGUUCGAGACUGGAAAGAUCUUCCCUCAGCUAGCAGACGGCAAUGGUUAUACUCGGUAGAGAUCACAUGAUGAAAUAUCCUCGGAGAUAGCCAUCCAGCAUUCAGGACCUCGUGGAACUUGUUGACUAGAACAGAGGAAGAUGAAACGGAAAGGGGCAAAAGAAAAAAGGAGGGAAGGAUAGGAGGUGUUUCCAGUAAGGGUCAGUUAAUGCACCUGUGGAAUAGUUGCGAAAUCUUUUGGCUGGCGUUAGGUGGGUCGGCGGGGGUGUUGUUGGUAAGCCGUGCUCAUUUUCUUCAUUUUCUUUCUGUUUACGAAUCACUUUUGAAGGUGAUUUGAAAUUAUCUUCUGCUGCGAAAUUGUAUGGUUUUGCCCCGUAGCUUUAUUAGGGCCAUUCCGCUCUGGGGCGGAACAGUGUUGUGGGGAAUUAAUGAUUGCCUUUUAUUAAAAAAGAAAAGAACCCCUCCCCCCAAGUCGGAUACUUCUGAUGUGGCUGUGGCCGGUUCAUAGUAGACCAACAUAGACGUAAUAGCUAGAUACCUUUCAAUGCGAAGCAAUUAAGUUCAUUUUAAGUUGGUUGUUGG